GAGAAAAAAGAAAAAGAAAGAGAAAAGAUGGGCCAUCGUUGCUGCAGCAAACAGAAGAUCAAGAGAGGAUUGUGGUCUCCUGAAGAAGAUGAGAAACUGGUCAGAUAUAUCAACACACAUGGACAUAAAAGUUGGAGUUCUGUCCCAAAGUUUGCAGGCUUGCAGAGAUGUGGAAAGAGUUGCAGGUUGAGAUGGAUUAAUUAUCUGAGGCCAGAUCUGAAGAGGGGUUCCUUCACUGCUGAAGAAGAGCAGAUCAUAAUUGACAUUCAUAGAAUUCUGGGAAACAGAUGGGCACAAAUAGCCAAGCACCUACCUGGAAGAACAGACAACGAGGUCAAGAAUUUCUGGAACUCUUGCAUCAAGAAAAAGCUCAUUUCUCAAGGGUUAGACCCACAAACCCACACUCUACUCUCUUCUCACAGGAGAAACACGGCAUGCACCAUCUCUAACAUCCCCCAAAAUUCCAACUCUAUUUUUAUUAUGAGUUCACAUAUGCCAAAUGCACCCAUGGAAACCUCUACUCAAACCUUUUGUUCACUCCCCAAAGCACCGCCAAACAUUGUUCGAACUCCCUCAUGCAUUGUUUCCUCUGAAUAUCAAACAUCCACCAUUGUUUCAAAUAAAUUCUCAGAUUUGCCUCACGAACUACUAAUAGAGAACAACACCAACAUUUGUUCACCUUCGUAUAUGAACCCUCCGUCAGUUGAAUUGCCGAACAAUGAAAGCAGUGUUUGGGUUUCAAGAGUUAAUUCUGAAGAUUUCAGUGCUCAAACACUAGGAGAGGGAACACAAGUGCAGGUGCAGCAAGAGAAGGACAUGAACUGUGAGAAGGGAAUUGAUAUCAGAGAAGCUAACAAAGCCAAUCUUGAAACCAACGUUUCUUUUGAGAGUUCUAACUUUGAUUUUGGGUUGUUGGAGUGUGUACUUAAUUCUGAAUUUAUGUCCCAUGAUCUCAACUGUAUGGAUGAACUUGCAUGGAACUUUUAG